AUGUUAGAAAUAUCUGCACCAAAACAUUUGUCUUUGAUAACAUUACCGACUGAAAUUCUUCAUCAUAUCUUCGAUUCUAUUGAUUGCCAAACGAUUCUUCUCUCGAUUCGACAAGUUUGCUCGACGUUGUAUGAAGUAACCAAUACAUAUGAUCGAUAUCGACUUGAUUUUCGUUCAAUCUCGUUGGAUAAUUAUCGUUUUCUUAUCUCCAGAUUUGAUUCUGGAAAUGUUAAUUCCAUCGUACUCUCCAAUGACUUUAAGACACCCAAUCAAAUUCAAUUGUUUCUUUCAAAUUUCAACACUCAAAAGUUCGUGCAACUUCGUUCCUUAACUCUACUGGAAAUCGACGAUGAAACUUUAGCACAACUUCUCCAAACGAUUUUCUAUUGUUCACUCAAGUUCUUGUCGAUCAAAUGGACAUCGUCUAGUACGCCACGGUAUCAAACCUUGAUUCUUAUUUCGACAGUCGUUACACGCAACAGUUUAAGCAAGCUUUCUAUGCAUUAUUAUCCAGUCGACAAGCUAUGCAAACAGUUUUCUAUACAAUGCAAAGUGCAUCUCACACUUUCAAAAUACACCUACGGUCAACUUUGUGAGCUUCCUCUUCUUUUUCCUUACUUGGAAGAACUCAAACUGGAUCAAUACUUUACAAGUCCUGGCGAAAAAUUGAUUUUACAGUCUCAGUUGUCACUCAUAUAUCAAUACUUAACUUCUUUAACCUUGAGAAUUGACGAUUCACAAUGGAAACAAUUAAGAGAAGCUCUUUUAACUACAUCUUCACUUCUCCAGGUCAGCCUUCAAGUUUUUGGUAUCUUACCGAAUUCUGGUACUCUUCAGUGUCCAUGGGAAGAAUUGAUUCAAACAAAUUUACCUCGUUUAACUCAGUUUGAUUUUCUUUUCGUCAUUUUGUCCGAGAACAUUAAUCCGAAUGAGUACAUCGAAUCUCUACUUCUUCCAUUUCGAACACCAUUCUGGACUGAAGUAAAACGUUGGUUUGUUACUGGUGACUUUUAUCCAUUUCCUCGCGAAACAGUUCGACUCUACACCGUAUCAUUUCAUAACAAUUUAUUUCAAUACCCUCAAUGGUCUAGUAGAGUAUGGCAAUCAAUUUCACCAAUUCCAAUCAAUGAUACUGAAGUGAUGAGUAGAAUUCAUAGUUUAACAUUGAAUAUGAAUCAAGUAAUCAAUUAUUUCGAAUCAUAUCAGAUAGAUUUAUCAGAUGGAUAUCUUCUACCGAAUGUAACCGAACUCCAACUCACAGAACGACAUCAGUGGUCACCAAAUUCAAUUGAAAUCCUUUCAAAAGUUAUAAAUCUUACACGAAUCAACGAUCUUCUAUUAACAAUCGGAAUCGAUCGGGGCUCUACUUCAUUCAAAAUAACAAACCUAAUUCGUUUACUAGAACGAACAAUCAAUCUCCAUUCACUUGACAUCGACAUCAGCCGAAAUUAUCCGAAUGAUGUGUGGAUUAUCGCGGAAAGCGAUUUGUUUUCAUUAAUACCACGCUCAAUCCGGCAUUUACAGAUACCACCACUGAUUAACGAAUUCGUUAAGAAGAUUCUUACUGAACUUCCACAAAUACAAAGUGUAACAUUCAAAGAUUGGACCAAUUUUCCAAUCGAAAUGAUAUCCGACUAUCUCGGAAGCUUUGAUAAACCUUUCACGUAUCAAAAACGGAAUCAUCAUGAAUCAUAUCGAAUAGAUUGGCAACUUUGGCUCAGUACUAGAAGAAAGAUAUCAUCAGAGACUCCAAGCCGUCUCUCGAACAAUAAAUAUUCGAAUAGACUUUUUUGA